AUGGGAGGAGCCCUGCACUGGCGGCAGCUUAGUGUGUUGACUUCCUCGGUGCCGCCUCGAGUCCUCUAUGAUGUGAGCCACCAGUGCACUUCACUCCAGUAUGGAGCCUACUCUGCCUGCGAGGACAUGGAUGUAGCCUUCCCACCCCACCUUGUUCUCACUGGGGUGGGGAUGACUGAUAGGCUGGGGAGUGGGGUGGCUCUACCUCCGUCUGUCUGGUGGUGGUGUCUCAAUGGGGAGUGCGUACCCGUGGGCUUCCCGACCGAGGCUGCGUGGAUGGUGGCUGGAGCGGCUUGGUCCAUCUGCUCGCGGAGCUGUGGCGUGGCGUACAGAGCGCCGGCGGCAGUGCACGCCCAGCCUACGCCCAAAUACAAAGGGAAAUGCUGUGUGGGUCCCGGAAGUGCUUCACGCCUCUGCAACCUACAGGCCUGCCCGUGCGCUCGCCCCUCCUUCCGCCACAUCCAGUGCAGCCACUUUGGCUCGCCGGGGGCCAGCUGCACAUGGGUGCCCGUGGUCAGCGACGUGAACCCCUGCGAGCUGCACUGCCGGCCCGAAUGGUGCUUUGCCGAGAAGCUGCGGGACGCAGUGGUCGAUGGCACCCUGCUGCCAGGUCCGGGCCAGCAGGACCUCUGCAUCAACGGCAUCUGCAGGCAAAGCCCUACUAUGCCUCCUGGCACUGGGGACCCCUCCCAGUCAGGCCUCGCCCCCUGCAUCUCCUUGGAUGCCUGCACCAGCACCGCCCCAGCCAGAGGCAAAGCCCAGGCAAACGUGGGCUGUGACUUUGAGAUUGACUCCGGUGCUAUGGAGGAUCGCUGUGGUGUGUGCCACAGCAAUGGCUCCACCUGCCACACCGUGAGGCGGGACCGCGAGGAGGCCGAGGGCCUGGGUAUGGGGUGUGUGGAUGUGGGGCUGAUCCCAGCCGGCGCCCGCGAGAUCCGCAUCCAGGAGGUGGCCGAGGCUGCCAACUUCCUGGCACUGCGGGCCAGACAGAAGUACUUCCUCAAUGGUGGCUGGACCAUCCAGUGGAGCGGGGACUACCAGGUGGCAGGGACCACCUUCACAUAUGCACGCAGGAGCAGCUGGGAGAACCUCACGUCCCGAGGUCCCAGGCCUGUCUGGAUCCAGGUGCCUGCCUCCCGAGGAGCCCAGGGUGGGGGGCAGAGUGGUCCCAGGCUCAGCACCCCUCAUGGCAGGUCUCGUCCUGGAGGAGUGAGCCCUGGGUCAGUCACCCAGCCUGGCUCUGAGCCAGGCACUCCUGCUGUGGCCUCUACCUUGGUUUCCCUAUCUUUAAAAUGGCCCGAUGGUGUAGCUGCAGUUCACAGAGGUGGCUGGGUGGCUCCUUUAGGACUGGGUGGAUGGAGAAGACACCUCGUGCUCACGGGCUCCUGCCUGCCCACCCAGCUGCUGUUCCAGGAGAGCAGCCCGGGAGUGCGCUAUGAGUACACCAUCCACAGGGAGGCAGGCGGCCAUGGUGAUCCGCCACCCGAGUUCUCCUGGCACUAUGGCCCUGGACCAAAGUGCACAGUCACCCUGCGGCAGAGAGUCCUCAUCAGAACCCUCAAGCUGGCAUUCGGGGCCCCACCAAUCUCCCCGGCUGUGAGCGGGACGCUAUCCUUGAGGUUCUGUGAGAGGCUGCGCCUACUGGGCGCUGCCAGCUGUAGCCAUCCGCAUGCAGUGCUGCCGCUCAUACUCUCCGCCCAGCCACGGCGCCCCUCGAGCCAUCAGCCCGGGUUGCCGCCGCUGGCUAUCUGCAGUGUGAGCAGCAGUCAGAUCCAUGAGAGCGUGGUGUCUGGUGAGGCACAGAAGGCCUUGAAGCCGGGGCUACUGCCAGAGAGCCUGUGUGCAGAGGCUGGGCCUGAGCUGUCAGCCCGGGCAGGAGACAAACAAGCCUGUGACUCAGGCAAGGGCAUGGCACAGCUGGCGGAAGAGCGAUGCCUGUUCUUUGUGGCUGGGGGCCAUGGGCUGGGUGUUGGGGCGAAGGUUCGGAGGAGGAACAGCAGUGUGGGGCAGCCCCUGCCAGAAGGGCCCCCUGCCAUGGCAGCCAGUGGAGGCCAGGGACCUUCCCGGGAGCACUGGAGGGACAGAGCAGCUCUUUCCUCAGUGACAUGA